AUGUUCUCCUCUGCGCUCAAGACCUUUGCCGGCAGCAACAUCUCGUCCAACUACACCAUCUCGCCGAACCCCACCUCGACGGCCGGUCCGUGGAAGAUCUACGAUGCGAAGAAGAAGUCCACCGGCAAGGCGUACAGCGUCUUUGUCUUUGACAAGAAGACCCUGGACGCACACGCCAGCUCGGUCGGCAAGAGCAGUGCUUCCUCCUACAAGCGCAGCGUGGAAGAGGUGGUUGAGCGCUUGAAAAAGGAAGCAUCCAGCUUGGCCAAACUGCGACACCCCAGCGUCCUCGAGCUCGUCGAGCCGGUGGAGGAGACACGAGGCGGAGGCUUGCAGUUUGUGACCGAGGCCGUCACUACGUCGCUGUCGAGCUUGUUACAGGAAAAGGACGAACAGGAACGCUCUGGCGGCCCCGGCGGCCGAUCGAGCAGAUACGUGACGGAAGAUGCCGACGGCUCUCGCAGGAGGAGGGAGAUUGAGAUUGACGAGCUGGAGAUUCAGAAAGGUCUAUUGCAGAUCAGCAAGGCGCUGGAGUUCUUACACGACAACGCGGGGCUCGUACAUGGCAACCUGACGCCGGAUGCCGUCCUCAUCAACGCCAAGGCACGUCUGAACUUGAACCUGUCUGACUGGAAGAUUAGCGGACUGUCCUUCUGUAGCCCAGCAGACAACUCGACCAAACCCACCUCGAUCCAGGGCAUUAGUCUGCAUGAGGUCCUUAACCUGGAUCCCAGGCUACCCAAGUUUGUCCAGCUGAACCUAGACUAUACCUCUCCGGAUUUUGUCAUGGACAACAACCUCACCCCUUCUGCCGACAUGUUCUCCCUGGGUCUGCUGUGCGUUGCUCUGUACAACUCACCACACCAGUCGCCCAUAGAGGCCCACGGGAGCCUCUCCUCUUACAAGAGGAUCUUCUCCUCGUCCUCCACAGUCCCGACGACGUCCAACAACUACCUCUCAUCCAGACCACUGCCCAGAGACCUGUCCAAUCACGUGCUCCCCAAGCUCAUCACUCGGAGGCCUGCGCAGAGAAUGACGGCCAAGGAGUUUCAGCAAAGCGAGUACUUUGACAAUGUCCUCGUCUCCACCAUUCGGUUUCUGGAUACUUUCCCUGCAAAGACUCCCACUGAGAAAUCGCAAUUCCUGCGGGGCCUCAACAAAGUGCUGCCGUCUUUUCCCAAGUCUGUGCUGGAGAAGAAGCUUUUGCCGGCGCUGCUGGAUGAGAUGAAGGACAAGGAUCUCCUCUCCCUGAUCCUGCAAAAUGUCUUCAAGAUCCUCACCUUGCUUCCGGCGGCGCGGAGGGCGUUUAGCGAAAGGGUACGGCCCGUCCUGAAGACUGUUUUUGUCGACAACGCAAAGCAGAACCAGGAGAAAGAUCCGGCCCGAGACGCCGGCCUUAUGGUCUUUCUGGAGAAUAUUGCAGUCAUAGCGGACAACAGUAAUGGCAAGGAGUUCAAAGAUGACGUGCUGCCGGUUAUCAUAGCUGCCAUUGAGUGCCCUACCCCGUCCAUUGUCGACGUGGCCCUCAGGAGCUUCUCAGUGGUGCUGCCCGUGCUAGACUUUAGCACCAUCAAGAACGAGCUGUUCCCCGUUGUCGCCGCCGUCUUUAGCCGGACAAACAGUCUCGCCAUCAAAGUCCGCGGCCUCCAGGCUUUCGUCGUUCUCUGCGGCGGCUCCAACGAUUCCAGCGUCGACGACGGAGGCCUUAGUGGUCUGCAAGGAAGCAAAAAGCCGUCAUCAUCAUCCAGCGCUCUGGACAAGUACACGAUGCAGGAGAAGAUUGUGCCCUUGGUCAAGGGCAUCAAGACGAAGGAGCCCGCCGUCAUGAUGGCCGCGCGAGACUUGAUGUACGUAGUCGGGCAGACGGCCGACGCCGAGUUCGUGGCCAUGGAUAUCCUGCCCAUCCUGUGGACCAUGAGCUUGGGGCCGCUCCUCAACCUCAAGCAGUUCCAGUCCUUCAUGGACCUCAUCAAGACGCUGUCACGCAAAGUCGAGGACGAGCAGACGAGGAAGCUGCAUGAGCUCUCCGGCUCGGCCAACGGCUCGACGGCCGCUGCCAACGAGGACUUUAUGGCCUUUGGCGGCGUGACGGGCACCGCCUUUGACGCUGCCAACGGCGGCAACGAAGACGACUUUGAGGCGCUUGUCAAGGGGAGGGUCGGCGGCUCAUCUGGCGUUACGAGAACGCCCACCUGGGACGAUUCGCCGCGCGCGGCCUCCGCCGGCGUCAGUCGCUCGUCGACGGCCACGCCGCAGACGCCGUCCUUUUCCUGGUCGACGCAGCCCACGACGAGCCCUUCCGUGAAGCAGCAGCAGCCCCUCGCCCUGCAAAGCCAGCAGUCCUCGUUCCGCACCGUCACCCCGGACCUCAACCGCUUCGAGGUCAUGACGCCCAGCUCGACGCAGUUCAGCCAGCCCCUGCAGCCGACGCCGGCGCAGCAGCAGCAGUCCGCCUCGGCCGCGCCCAGUUUCAGCUGGUCUUCGAACGUUGCAAGCACAACAGCCAAGAGCUUCACGCCUCCGCCCCUGACAUCAAACUACUCUGCUACCAUUUCAAACUCCAGCUCCACGUUUGCUACCCCGAGCAUGACGGGCUCCAUUUUGUCGUUUUCGGGCAGUAUGCCGCUACAGCCGCAACAGCAGCAACAGCAGCAACAGCAAAAGUCUGGUUUGGACAAGUAUGAGAGUCUGAUUUAG